GUGCCUGGCCAGGGCCGCGCUAGGGCGCUGUAACUGCCAGUGCCGCUGUCAUGGCGUCGGAGGCGCUGGCUGAGGAGUGCUGGCCGCGGUCUCUAUAGAGCCAGGGGCGGGCGGCCGGCCGGGUAUGGAGAGCGGCCCCGAGAGCCUGCUGCCGCUAGAACACGGGGUGGCGGCCGGGCCAGGGCCGGGAACAGGUACUCCCCCAGAAGGACUACAGGAGACCAGGCUUGCCGCUGGAGAUGGUCCUGGAGUACGGGCGGCGGAGAACGGCAGCGGGAAUGGGCAGGGGGCGGCGGCUGCCAGAAGCCCCCCAGACUCGGCUUCUCCCGCGGGCUCUCCUCAGACUCCUGGACUCUGCAGCUCCUUCCCGGGCUUGGACUUGAAGGAGAGCGUUUUGGAGCGUCCUGCUCCCGCGAAGGCGCCUCUGAGAGGGCAGCACAAGGUGACCGCCUCCCCCGAGACAGCCGAGGCCGUUGCGGGCCUUGGUUUGGGUCCGGCCGGAGACUCGGGGCCCCGCCUGGAUCCUGCCGACACCUGCGGAGCAGAACUGGUGACCGCCGGCUCCGAGGAGCCCCGCAGCGCUGGCGGCCUCAGCAGCAGUUGCAGCGACCCGAGCCCUCCUGGGGAAUCGCCAAGCCUGGACUCCCUAGAGUCGUUCUCUAACCUGCAUUCUUUCCCCAGUAGCUCCGAAUUCAAUAGUGAGGAGGGAUCAGAGAACAAGGUUCCCGAGGAGGAGGAGGGCGCGGCAGUAUUGCCUCGGGCUGCCCCUCUGUGUAGAGAGGAGGAGGAGGACACCGCUCAGGUGUUGGCAGCCUCCAAGGAACGCUUCCCGGGACAGUCUGUGUAUCACAUCAAGUGGAUCCAGUGGAAGGAAGAGAACACACCCAUCAUCACCCAGAAUGAGAAUGGACCCUGCCCAUUGCUGGCCAUCCUCAAUGUUUUGCUUCUGGCCUGGAAGGUGAAACUUCCACCAAUGAUGGAAAUCAUAACUGCUGAACAACUGAUGGAAUAUUUAGGAGAUUACAUGCUUGAUUCGAAGCCAAAAGAAAUUUCAGAAAUUCAACGUUUAAAUUAUGAACAGAAUAUGAGUGAUGCUAUGGCAAUUUUACACAAACUUCAGACAGGCCUGGAUGUAAAUGUCAGAUUCACUGGUGUUCGAGUAUUUGAAUAUACACCGGAAUGCAUAGUGUUUGAUCUUCUUGAUAUUCCCUUGUACCAUGGGUGGUUAGUGGACCCUCAGAUUGAUGACAUUGUAAAAGCUGUUGGUAACUGCAGCUACAACCAACUAGUGGAGAAGAUCAUCUCUUGUAAGCAAUCAGACAAUAGUGAGCUGGUUAGUGAAGGCUUUGUAGCUGAGCAGUUUCUAAAUAAUACAGCCACUCAACUGACAUACCAUGGAUUAUGUGAACUAACUUCAACCGUUCAGGAAGGAGAACUUUGUGUGUUCUUUCGGAAUAAUCAUUUUAGCACCAUGACCAAAUACAAGGGUCAACUGUAUUUGUUGGUAACAGACCAGGGAUUUCUUACUGAAGAAAAAGUUGUUUGGGAAAGCCUGCACAAUGUAGAUGGUGAUGGAAAUUUCUGUGACUCAGAAUUUCAUCUUCGGCCUCCUUCAGAUCCUGAAACUGUAUACAAAGGACAACAAGAUCAAAUAGAUCAGGACUAUCUUAUGGCAUUAUCUCUACAACAAGAACAGCAGAGUCAAGAGAUGAAUUGGGAACAAAUCCCAGAAGGAAUCAGUGAUUUGGAACUAGCAAAGAAACUUCAAGAGGAAGAAGACAGACGGGCUUCUCAGUACUACCAGGAACAAGAACAAGCAGCAGCAGCUGCUGCUGCUGCUACUACUACUGCUAAUACACAGGCCCAGCUGGGCCAGCCGGCACAAGCCUCUCCAUCAAGUGGAAGACAAUCUGGGAAUAGCGAACGGAAACGAAAGGAACCUCGAGAAAAAGAUAAAGAAAAGGAAAAGGAAAAGAAUAGCUGUGUCAUUUUGUAACAAGUACUAGAUUCUGUUGGAAUCACCUAUAUGUGUUGAGAAACAAGACCACAUGAGGAAAGGAAGAAAAACCGAAAAUAGAUAAUACCGUCUGUGCCUGAUUUCCCAUUGGAUUUUGUUCAUGUUUUUCAGGGGAAAGGUUGUUACUUUGUUACAAUCAGACUUCUUGAAGUCACACAAUAUACUCUUUAUGAGCUGGAGUUUCAUGUUACAAGUUGGAAAUGCUGUGUUGUCAUUCAUGAAGAAUACUGCACUUGUAGCCAAAUAAGCAAAUCACAGCGAAUUUUGUGUCAUAGUGACAUUCAUAACUCAUAUCAGUUAGUAAGCUAUUUCAUCUUCUAACAAUGAAUGGAGGUAUUUGAUUUAGUCUGAUUCCUUCCUGAAAUCUAAGUAUUAGCACAAUAGUUUCUGAAAUUUUUGCAACCUUAAAUUAUGAUCUAAUCCAUGAGAAACCAGGGGUUUAAUAUGGAAUUUAAAAAGAAAAAAAAUAAAUAAAUAACAGGAAUAAAUAAUCCUUAAUUGUAUAUUGAACUAG